UGACUUUUUCCAAAGUAGAGGUGUGAAAACACCCUGCUGAAACGAGGGGCUUUCAUGGCCCUUUAAAAUUCUGAUUCAUUUAAAGGGGAGGAUGUGGAUGCAUGCAACAUAUGGGCACGAGAGCGCGGGCAGGUUAAAGUCUACAGUCAGUUACAAUCAUUCAACGAUUCUUUCUGUAAAUGAAGCUUGUUACGUCAGGCAGCGUAAAAGGAAGAUCUGACGAAGUGGGAUACUGUUUGUGUCAUCCUGAAGCUCUUUAAAGGGAUAGUUCACUCAAAAAACAGAAAUUGUGGGGAACGGUGGCAGCUUCCGGUUCAUGCAGACUUUAAGGGUUAACUUUGACGCAAAGACAGAUCUGUAAGGCUCAGUAGAUUUUACAGGUGUGUACAUCCACUUCUUUCACAUUUUUUUUUUUGUAGACAUCCCAGUGAUUCCAGACCUGGAGGAGGUUCAGGAGGAGGAUCUGACCAUGCAGAUCGCAGCUCCACCCAGUGUCCAGGUGAACAGAGUCAUGACCUACAGAGAUCUGGACAAUGACCUGAUGAAGUUCUCCGCUUUCCAGACCCUGGAUGGAGAGAUUGACCUGAAGUUGCUCACCAAGGUUUUGGCCCCGGAGCAGGAGGUGCGAGAGGUCAGUAAACACAGCGUCUGUCCACCACAUUUGUGGGGUCACUCUCCUACGAAAUGUUCAGGGUUUCUGUGGGUCUUGGAAAAAGAGGUCCCAUUAAAAUACAUAUUUUUUUAGAUGCGAGUAUUAGUAUUGUUAAUUUUUAAGAUAUCUAUAAGCUAGUGAAUACCAAAACAGAGACAAAAUUUGUGUAUAGAAGAUACUGAUAUAAACAUCUGAAGCUUGCAGUUUGUCUCUUCCACCUAAAUUGAUCAACGGUUUUAUUCACAUCACCUCAUACUUCAGUUUCUCAUCAAAUCUUCUGAGCAAUCAAAUACUCUCUAUCUGCUGACAUACCCUGCCACCUUUUAGAUGCUUUUCACUUGAUGCGCUUGAGCUCAACCUCUGGCAGAGCUGUGAGAAAAUGAACCGCUAUUGGUUGUUUUUUUUUUUACGGGGAGGAGCUACACUAUGUCCUGCCCUUUCUUCAUAUUUUAGUUGAGAUUAUGUCAGACAUCAAGUAAAGAAUGCGCGUUUCAAAGCACUUUAAAUGUCGAUUUACUUACUCUGCAUGUGGGACUUUUAUAUUAAAAACAGGAGGCUCAGAUUGUUUACUAUGCAUUACUGAGCAAAGAUACGUUCAAACUUGUGUCAGGACGCAAAAUGCAGGAUAUACAGAUUGUACAUUUGUACAGCUCCACCUUGAAAAGGCAUACGAUAUGUUUAAUUGUAUCCUUUGUUAAUUUAUCAUGUGAAAUCUUGUGAAAUUUGAUGUUUAUGCUUCAACAAACACUGCUGAAUAGUGUCAAAGUCCCUUUAAGGCAAGUCAUUUUACUCUUUGAAUGGCUCUCGGGCAGUAUGCUUGGGCAUUCUGUUUGAAUGGGGAAACAUGAUAUUCUCCAAAACUGUUUGACAUGCUUACGAUAACAUUACAUAUUAGGAAUCAACAACUGUGUCAAAAGUUUAAUUUUUAAACGUCCAAAUCAAACAAAAUCUGCAUAUUUUCAGAUUCCUCAAGCUAAUGCACAUGCUUGAAAGAAAUGAGAUCACGACACCAACCUCACCAACAUUCUACAUGUUGUCACCAAGUGUGCCGCAAGCCUGCGUUUGAGUGAAGGUCUCGGCCGUUAGAUCGCCC